CCACAUGAAUGAGAUCCUCGGGGGGUGUGGCGUCGGCUAAGCCACGGUUCAACCCAAAAAUUGUCCACGCUUCAACUUCGCGACGGUCCAUCACAGCCAAGCAAGCACCCGUGUUCAUCAGUCCAAGCAUAACGCAUCAUGGUUGUCAAGAUUCGUCUGGCGCGCUUCGGCAAGCGCAAUUGGCCACAUUACAACAUUGUCGUCGCGCAAGCACGCACGGCACGCAACUCCAAGCCCCUCGAGGUUCUGGGCACAUACGAUCCCGUUCCCAAAGCCGACCCCUACGGUGCGCCCGAUAAACUGCACAAAGACAUCGAGAUGGAUGUAUCGCGAGCCAAGUACUGGAUUGGUGUUGGGGCGCAGCCGACCGACCGCAUGUGGAAGAUCCUGAGCAUGGCUGGCAUUCUGCCCCCCAAGAAAUUUGAGCCUCCGACAGCAAAGGGGCAACCACCUGUGGAGGUCGACAAGGUGCGGAUCCGUUGAGGCAGAGCAUGCGUUGUAUCGAUAUCGUGUAUCAGCAUGGGCAGGCGUUCUUCAUGAAGCCUACGGGCAGUUUCGGGUUCAAUCUAUUGUUGUACAAUAACUACGUGUAUGAAAGGUU